CAUCUCUGGUAUCCUUUCCUCCAUAACCUAACUAUCGACAGCAUGUCACAGUUCCGUUUCACUAGAACAUCGCAUUCGUCAUAAGAUUCCGCACAGAAUCCAUUUUCCAUCCGAACUCGUCUGAUCUGUGUCUAUAAUGAAGUUCCAGGUAAUUGCACUUUUGUUGGUAACGUGUUUCCCUCUUCAUAUGGCGAAUACGCGACCAGGAAUCGAAAAAAAAUUAAUUACCAAGGAAGUUUUGGCUUCUUUGAACCCUUACUACGGUUUGGAUCCGCGCUCUUAUUCCGCCGCGGAGAGAGCUCACAUUCAAAGAUUUCAAGAGCAAUUUGAACUCCUCCUGGAUUAUCUUCCGCUUCUCAACGGCUCCUGUGCAUGUCCACCUGGGCCUCCAGGACCUCCAGGCCCACCCGGCCCGCCUAGCGUUGUGCGGAUUCGAAGAGAAGCGAUGAACGGCCAUCGGAUAUAUACUCCCACAUACCGUGGAGGUGGAGGAGGGGGAGGAGGCUAUCGAGGAGGAGGAGGAGGAGGAUACGGAGGUGGCGGAGGGUAUAAAGCAAGUGGCGGAAGUUAUAAGGGAGGUGGGGGCGGAGGUGGUAGCGGCUCGCCUGGGCCGCCGGGUCCUCCCGGCCCACCAGGCCCGCCCGGUAAGAAUGGAAAAGACGGAGACGACGGAGAAAAAGGUGAAAAAGGAUCGCCCGGACCGAAAGGUCCUUCCGGCGACAAAGGAGACUCGGGAAAAGAUGGAUCUCCCGGACCGGAAGGUCCUCCAGGCGAAAAAGGUGAUUCAGGAAGUGAUGGAUCUCCUGGAUCCGAUGGAGAACCCGGUGAAAACGGCAAAGAUGGAUCACCUGGAGAACCAGGGUCGAUGGGCCCGAAAGGAGAUCCUGGAUUCCCUGGAUUUCCAGGUAAAGUGGGAGCUCCAGGAUUGGAUGGAAAAAAUGGAGAUGAUGGCGAUGAUGGCACUCCCGGACAGCCUGGGCCCAAGGGCGAUAGUGGAUCAGAUGGAAGCCCCGGAGAGAUGGGACCUCCAGGGCCGGAAGGGCCAGAAGGACCUCCAGGAAAAGAUGGACCGAAAGGUCCAACAGGCGAAACUGGAUCUCCAGGAAAAGAUGGAACUCCUGGGAGAAACGGUCCUCCAGGCGAAAAGGGCGAAACUGGCGAACCGGGAGCUGUUGGGUUAAGUGGACUUCCUGGUGAACCUGGAAAAGCUGGACCGACCGGGCCGACUGGACCAGAAGGGCCUACUGGAAAUACCGGAGAACAGGGACCUUCCGGAAAAGAAGGUCCCGAAGGCCCUGAAGGACCUACUGGACCUACUGGACCUUCCGGGCCUCCCGGAAAAGAUGGGAAAGAUGGUCAUCCGGGACCGGUUGGUGCUACAGGCUCACCAGGAGGUCCUGGUCAAACCGGAUCGCAAGGUAAAGCUGGUCCACCUGGCUUUACUGGACCACAGGGGCAUCCUGGACAAAUGGGACAUACAGGCCCGAUAGGACCUCCUGGACCUCAAGGAAAAGCCGGCACACCGGGCACACCUGGAGAAAAAGGUCCAGAAGGAAAGGCCGGUCCCAAAGGUCCACCUGGUAAACCUGGGAACGACGGAUCAUCCGGUGAGAAAGGAUCGCCCGGAGAACCUGGCCAACAAGGACCGGAGGGAAAACCUGGAACUUCGUCGGAAGCUACAAGCAGCAGCAGCAGCAGUUCUAGUAGUUCUUCCAGCAGUUCCAGUAGUGGCACAGACGAAGGAAAGGGUAAACCAACAGUUUACGCCAGAGCCGCAUCGCCAUCCAGACCGACGUAUACUCCUCCAAAGAGCGGCAACAGCAAAUCUACUACUCCGGCGCCAGUACAGACGUACAACGCCAAACCGCCGUCACUUUCCUCAUCCCAACAAAACAAUAAAUCACAACCAAAAGCAACGAAAGCAGCGAAAGCCUCAAGUUCUCCCGUCAAAUCGAGCGGGACUCUCAGCGGGACUUCAUUCUCUACAAGCUUUCAACUCCCCUCCACAUUUCCUGAUUUCUGGAAAUAGAAAACAUAUUAAUGAGUAAUUCAUUUCGUUGUUUAAUAAAUGGAAUAGCGUGUAACGAGUCAAAGACAAUACAAAUUUCUAAUAAAUGCACGCAGGAU